AUCUCUGUUGUCGCUGUUGAAAACCGUGGCCAGCGCCUUUACGUUGAAGAUCUGUCCAAAAACGCAAGUGACGGCGAAAUCUCUACUGGGUCUGGACAACAUUCGGUCAACAUGAUAGCUCCAUCCCGGGGCCGCAAAUCCCGAAAACACAGCAAGACGUUUACAGGAUGCUGGACCUGUCGCGCGAGGAAGGUGAAAUGUGACGAACGAAAGCCGACCUGCCUGCAGUGUAUGAUCAAGAGGCUCGACUGUGCGGGAUACGGCGUCCGACUCCACUGGUUGCCUCCGGAGCAUGGGGCCUCGAAAUAUCAUCGGGAUCCACCCGAUUUGUCCCGGUGUCGGCCACAGCGGAGUCAGAUUCCUUUUGAGCUGCGUCAUUGCGGUCUGGCGGAGGAGGAUCUUGACCGGAGUUUGGAUAUUAUCGACGAGUUGGCAACCGCGUGGGAUCGCAGUGUCCCAAGCAACAGGGAUACUCUACUUGUGGACGGUUUCGGUGUGUUUGAGGCCACUAUUCCAGUCUACAACUCGUCAUCAUCACUGGAAGCGUGUUCAAACGGAACCUUCCCAUCCAAUCCGACCUUUAACUUCGACUCAUCCCCACCUAGACAACAUCUUGAAUCCAUUUCCGAUACGAGUCACGCCGAGCCGACUUUCUCUUUCUCUCCCGUGGUCUUGGACAAUGUCACCCCCUUCCUGCUUCCAGAAGACGACCAAGCAACGAUACACGAUUUACUCAACCCCGUGCAGGCGUCGGAUCCCCACUCCAACGAUCACACAUGCCAUCCGACGUUCUAUGAUCCCGAAGAGAGUGACCUGCAGCAAAGUGAUGUCUUGCGCGCCGAUAAACAACACCUCACAUGGGUAGAGCCCGGCGGGUCUAUCAUACGCAGUCCAACUCCGUCAUAUCUCUCACCCCUCGAGCAGUUCCUGAUGCAUCACUACAUGCACAGAGCGGUGCGCCUCUUCUGCAUCAUCGAGAACAAAAAGUCUCCCUGGCAGAAGAUCCACCUCAAGAGGGCUCUUCAAAGCACGGGCCAGAUGAGUGUGGAGGGCUCAACAUCCCCAAUCCAAGAUGCUCUGCGUAAUGCCUUGUUAUCUAUUAGUGCGUUUGUAUUAUCGAAUGACAAUACCUCGCGUGAGCGCGAUGACGAGGCCGUUAGAUGGGUCAGUGAAGCCAUGGUACUGCGCGGGAAAACCAUUAAGCUUCUUAAGGACUCGGUGGAGCGUGGGUUUGGGUGCUCGUCGCAGAUCAAGUAUAAGGAUUACUUGGCUACGAUGCUAUCCAUGAUAUCAAUCAAUGUCAUGUCGGGUGAUACUAGCACCUGUGGUGUCCAUCUUGACGGAGCGUUACAUUUCAUGAAAAUGGCACGCACAUGGAAAGCGAGAUAUUCUGCGAAGGCACGCUCCCUCCAUCGAACAUAUAUUUACUUACGCACCAUGUACGAAAGCACGGCACUAAGACAAAGGGAGGAAAAGUCCCAAACGACGUCUCAUCUAGUCAUCCCAGAGCUGCGGCAUUUUAGUACUGUCGAUGAACAAUGCAGUUCAGAGCAGGAUCCAACAGAGCAAUGCCUGGAUCUGGACCCACAAAGCCGCAUGAGCACAUACGAAUGCAUCUACGGUGUACCACAAGUUCUACUCAUAUUUCUACACCGGGCCACAAACCUAGUCAUCUCGGUAACUAAGGCUCGGGAAGACUCUGGGAAUAUAAUGAUCCCGGACGAGCUCUCCGAGCAAUGCGAUGAACUAGAAAACGCUAUAAUGGACUGGCCACUCGACUCAGAGCUUGCUAAGCGCUCGAUAGACGACUCGAGCUGCAGCUCUGAAAUCAUUCGCAAGACCGCCCGUGCAUUUCACAACGCUGUAAUCAUCUACUUUGCACAACACAUCCGUCUAGUGGGGCACCGCUAUCUGCAUUCGUAUAUCCAAACCGUGCUAGAGUGUAUUGAAUCAAUUGAGAAGAUCAAGGCCGAUUCACAUUGUCUUGCUGCUCCUCUAUAUUGGCCUGCAUUCAUAGCUGCGAGCGAGGCCUUUGACGAGCGGUUGCAAGAACGGUUCAAGGAGUGGUAUGCGCAAGUCGAGGUAUAUGGGAUUGCGGCGGUCAGGACAGGGAUUAGUGUGUUGACACAAGUGUGGAAAAACGGUGCUGUCAUGGGCAACCGGAUAACAAGUCGAUGGCAUAUGGAGGUUAAGCGGACUGGGUCAAUAUUGAUGUUGAGUUGAGCCCUUCCUAUGGUUUUCAUAGUUUGGGACAUUGGCCAUGUCAUCGCACUUGCUACUAUCGUUCUCGUAUUCAAC